GCUUUUAGAACGGGCUCGCUGGGUUUAUAGGCGAAAGCAAGAAGGGUCUAGAACUUUUGUUAUGUGUUCGCAGGUACAAAAGAAUGUUUUUUUUCACUUCCAACCUAUUGGAUUAAGGUUUCAUUAAUUCCCUGCUUUGCUUAAUCAAAAGUGUAACCGGAAUGCCCAAGGAAAAAUAUGAUCCACCUGAUCCAAGGAGAAUGUAUACAAUUAUGUCUUCAGAAGAAGCUGCAAAUGGAAAGAAAUCGUACUGGGCAGAGUUGGAGAUUAGUGGGAGAGUUAGAAGUUUGAGUUCAUCCUUGUGGUCACUAACACACUUGACUGCCUUGCAUCUUGGUGACAAUUCCCUUUCACGUAUUCCUCCUGAUAUCGCCAAACUGCAUAACCUGGUUUACUUGGACCUAUCCUGUAACAAAAUACGGAGUUUACCAUCAGAGCUUGGAAAUAUCGUAUCACUCAGGGAACUGCUUUUGAACAAUAACCUGUUACGGGUUCUACCAUUUGAGCUUGGAAAGUUAUUUCAAUUACAGACCCUGGGUUUGAAAGGCAACCCUCUGGCACAAGAAAUCCUUAGCCUCCAUCAGGAACCAGAUGGAACACGCAGGCUGCUGAAUUACCUGCUUGAUAACUUGGCAGGUACUUCAAAGAGAAUUCAGCCAGACCAGCCACCGCCUCGAUCAUGGAUUGUCUUACAAGAACCAGAGAGGACGCAUCCCUCAGCUUUAUUCUCAGUCAUGUGCUACAACGUACUAUGUGACAAAUAUGCUACAAGGCAACUGUAUGGGUACUGUCCAUCAUGGGCGCUGAACUGGGAAUAUAGGAAAAAGUCUAUUAUGCAAGAAAUUUUGAACUGCAAUGCAGAUAUCAUCAGUCUUCAGGAAGUUGAGACUGAACAGUACUUUGCCUUUUUCCUGGUUGAACUUAAAGAGCAUGGUUAUGAUGGUUUCUUCAGUCCUAAAUCUAGAGCUAGGACAAUGUCAGAAUCUGAUCGGAAGCAUGUAGAUGGUUGUGCAAUAUUCUAUAAAACUGAAAAAUUUUGUCUGAUUCAGAACCAUACAGUUGAAUUCAACCAGUUGGCCAUGGCAAACUCUGAUGGCUCAGAAGCUAUGUUGAACAGAGUUAUGACAAAAGACAAUAUUGGUGUUGCUGUACUCCUGGAGUUGCAGAAGGAUUCUUUUGAACUAUCCCCUGGGAAGUCUUUUCAUGGGAUGGAAAAGCAGCUCAUUCUUGUUGCAAAUGCACAUAUGCAUUGGGAUCCUGAGUAUUCUGAUGUAAAGCUGAUACAAACCAUGAUGUUCCUAUCUGAAGUGAAGAAUAUAAUUGAAAAAGCUUCUCGAACACUCAGACCAGGUGCCGUCUCAGGAGAUCUUAAUGUCAUUCCACUUGUACUUUGUGCAGAUCUCAAUUCACUGCCAGAUUCGGGUGUUGUGGAAUACUUGGCCACUGGAGGAGUUGAUACAAACCACAAGGAUUUCAAGGAGCUAAGAUAUAGUGACUGUCUUAUGAAAUUCAGUAAUAUUGGAAAAAAUGGAACUCCAACUGCAAGGAUCACUCAUGGCUUUAACUUGAAGAGUGCCUAUGAGAAUGGUCUGAUGCCUUAUACAAACUACACCUUUGAUUUCAAAGGUAUUAUUGACUACAUCUUCUACUCGAAGCCUCACAUUAACAUACUGGGUGUUCUUGGACCUUUGGAUCCAAAUUGGCUGAUAGAAAACAGUAUAAGUGGCUGCCCACAUCCACACAUCCCAUCAGACCAUUUCUCACUUUUUGCACAACUAGAGCUUUUACUGCCUUUUGUGUCGCCAGUAAAUGGUAUCCAUCUGCCAGGCAGAAGGUAGUUGUGUGUGUACUCUGGAGGGAAGCCUCUUAAACAAUCUUGUAAAAUUGUAAAAUCAAAGUACUGAGGAGUGAAGUAUGGCCAAUAGGAUUGUUGUCAAAAUUAUGUUCUUAAUCAGUUUUAAAUUUGUUUCUUGGAUAGCUUGUCUAAAUAAUAAACAAUAGUAGUCUGGUGCUAUUUACAGAUAAUGAAAUUGAGCCCUAUUUCCUACUUUGUAUACUGUAGACAUGCUGAAAAUGGGUUUCUUUACAAAGCCUGUACUGCUUUAUGCUUCUGCAUUUUCAGUGGAAAAUGAAGCAAAAUUUCCAAUCUCUUUACAUAAGUUUAAACAGUUGAUUCCUUUUAGAAUUGGAGUGGUGGUUGGGAGGGUGGAAUGGCUUGGGGAGGAGGUGAACUUCACAGUUCUAUUGUGUAGGAAUGUUCACAGAACAGAAAUUCACAUCUCAAAAUCCAACAGUGCACUUUGAAAUAUAACUAAGAAUUAUACAUUUCAAAUUAAAAAGGUGGCAAUGUGGACUUUUUCUGACACAAUGGGAGGUCUUUAUAAGUUGCUACAGAGUGUUAAAAUGCAGCACGAAUGGAAAUCUGAGGGAGAGAAUUAUAAUCAGACCAAGAACAUGUAAAGGAAUUUUCAUUAAUUAUUUUGGUAUAUCAAUGAUUAAUCAAUUGUUUUCACUUGCUCCCUAAAUUUAUUUUGUAUUUAGUUUUAAACUCAUCAUGCAAUAGGCAGUGCAUUAAGAUGGGUUUAAACAUAUUGAUUCUUUCCCAUCCCACUCCUUUCUGUUAAAAAAAUUCUGCCUCAGUGUCCAGUAGCCCUCCAAUUCUUCUUCCUUUUCAAUAGAAAUGAAAGUACUUCAAGCCAAAGUUAAACAGGGAUAUUAGGUUUCUAUGAAACAUCCUUGGAAAAACAUCACCACAACUUGGCAGUUCUGUGUAGUCUUACCCCGGUAUUAUUGCAUUGUUCAUUCAAAGCAAAAUAUACAAGUGCAAAUGAAUUGUGAGUUUUUUUAAAAUUGCCUACUUGACAAAAUAAUUUGCUAAAGUGGAACCAACUGUAUAUUGUUGCACAAAAAUUCUGUAUAGCACUACCUUUUCAGGCCAGUAAUAGCCAUUAAGGACCUUUCUUUCCAUACUUCACUCCCACACUUUUGAGAAGUGUUUGUAUAAAUUUGAAUUUGAAUUUAGCCUUUAAUGAUUGUAUAUGAACCAUAGAAGACCUGAUUUAAGGUGUUUUGUACUAAAAAGAUUUAAAACAGAUUUGGAAAAAUGAUUGUAUUGUAAACUAAGGCUAAAUUUUUAUCUGUUUCAUGCUUUAAAAAAAAACAUUUGUAAAAAAAAAGAAGUUGCAACAGGUUUCCUCUGCUAUUAUUUGCACUGUUCUGGGUUUGUAACUCAUGUACUACUUUUACAGUUGAGGACACAGUUGAUUUAAAUUCAAGUAUUUCACUCCUCAGGAUUUGGUAUCAGCAUUUGAACCUUACGAUCUUUGAAUUACCCAACUUCCUCUGAUUGAUUUAUUUUUUUUACAUGAUGUGCCUCAUCAACUUUUUUAUUUUUGAGGGGAUUUUUGGAACCAGCACUGCCUGUGCACGCGGAGAAAUCCUGAGCAUCUUCUUUGAGAUUUUUUAAAAAAAAUAAAAACUGUUAAAGAUUUGUGAGAUUUUAUGAAGACACUUUUGUAUAAGCUCUGUGGCAUUUUUUUUCUUGUGGAGCAAUGAACACCACAUAUGUUGAUCAGGUUGGGUACAGUUGGGUACAGAGUGUAACUUUAACCCUUUGUAUCCUAGCACUGCUUCUGUCUCUUUGCACAGUGCUACUUUUCACCAAGGAAAGCUGCAUCAUGUGAGACCAUACACCAUCAAUGUUGUGUGCUUUGAUCUUGUAAAGAAGUAGCAUUCCUUGGUAGGAAUUUUAAUGUUCUGAAGCAGUGUAAACUAGAACUGAGCUAUGUUUUCCGUGCAGGUCUUCCAGACAAAGUUUCAAAUCCAUUAAUUUUUAAAUGGUCAUGGUUUUGUGUUUUUCAGCUGGACCAGUGCUAUAUCUCUUCUCUCUGUUCAUUGUGCCAUUGGUAGCAUAUUCUUAAAGCCAAGUGUGCAAGCUUUAGUAGGUUAGCUUUUGCUAUGCUUUUGUUUAAGGUGCUAGGGGGAAGAAAGGGGAGCCUUUGGAAUUAGCUUGUACUAUAUUAUGCAUUGAAUGAGCCAGAGGUAUAGUUUGAUCUAGCUCUUUAGUUUCGACUGCAGGCAGGGAGACAAAAGAACACAACAUGGCAUUCAAAAAAAAUUGGACCAGUCUUCAUUCCGGUUUACAGUUAAUGUGGAAUGCAGCUAAGUUGAUUGUGACAAAUUUUAACUCUUUUAAAACAUUAAUUAAAGACAAAGCACUUAAAUAAUUGGUGCAGACAAAACCAAGAUGCAAUGAGCAAUUUGAGAUCAACUUGCUAAGUUGAAAAUGUAAUAAAUACCCAUAAUAGAUUUAUGAUGAACCCUUGUCUGGGACCUGCAGUCAUUUUUGUUUGUACUAUUAGCAAACAUGUCCAAUUUAUAAUCAGUAAACUAAUUAUUGGUAGUAUUGUUUGUAGUAGAUUUAAUGAGUAGCUUUUUGUAAAGUGUGAAUAAAAGGUGUUUGCUCAUGUUUUCCUUGCUUUACCAUUUUAUUAAUGUACAUCAUGAAACCCCAAUCUAAAGUAAAUUAGGCAAAAAGUGACCUAUCAGUAUUGAUCUCAUUGUUUCAGCUUUACGGUCACUUGGGAUGGGUAUAUAUCGUACACAGUUUUAAGGGGCUGUUACUUCACAGACCAAAUCCAAAUGCUAUUGUAUACUUCAUUUCUGUGAUUAAAAUGUGGUGUAUUAUUUAAAUGCUGUACUGAAAUUACAUUUUAUCUCUUUGGUAGGAUAUUUGUAGGAAUUUUUAUAUGCAGUAAUUUUUUGCAUAAUCCUACAAAUGUAGAAAUGUUUGAUUUUUACAUAAUGCAAAAAAGUGUACAUUUUAUGUAAGAUUAAGAUGCCCCUUUUACAUCUAUUCAGGAAAUUAACAAACCAGUUUACUUUGUGUACAGUCACAUUCACUCUCCUGUCCAAAUUUAGUGUAUUCCAAUGAGUUCUUGAUGGUAACUUGUAGGCUACAUGAAUCUGAACCUUCUCCACAUUUCACUAGUGAUUAUUACUCAGGAUAGAAGGACAUUUUCAGUUCUGUGCUAAACCUAUUUCUACAGAUUUCAUUAUAUAAAUGCACUGCAGCAACUCUUGUUUACCAUUCUUCAUGGGUGCACUGAUCAAACCAGCAAUUACAUCUGCACUAAGUAAUUAAUAAAAUAAUUACAGCUACCUAGGCAGCUCUAAAGUUAAAUUUGGGAUGGUAAACGAGGGCUUUUUAAAUGUUAUGUGAACUUUUUGGCUUGAAUAGCAGUUAAUAGCACGAUGUAUUUCCCAUAAACAGGGUCUGCUUGUUCCCGUGCACAGGUGUAUUUUUCCUACUCACAGCUUGGACAAUAAAUUGUAUAUCUAUUUCGA